AUGUCUAAAACACCUACCCUUAACCCGCGCUCCCUCCAAAGUCGCCUCGACCACAUUCUCAAGCACUGGCCCUCGGAUGCAGUCCGCCCAGCCUCAGUCUCCGUCCAAAACUACAUCCAAUCCGGUCUCCAAGCAGACAAGUCCAGCCCAGCGAUCUCCGAGUCCUCCACGAAUGCACUUGAAUCGCUGCUGAACAACCGCUACGCGCGCAAAUAUCCCAUGCCGGAGAAGCUGCGCCGGCCGGCCAGUAACCCAGACCACUAUGACAAUGUCGUACGUGAGUUUGCAGAGGCGCCGAACCGCGAUUGGCUUGGCCGGUUACGGAAGAGGUUGGCUGGUAUUAUCCGCUUGACGUGA